AAGAGCCUGGUCGGAUAAUACACCACGCCUCACCCCUCACCACUAUCGCCACCGCCUUGGAGCCUCCGCCUUCUCCGAUCGCGGCGCCUCCGCCUCGCUCGAAAUGGCCGCUACCUCCGCCCCUGAACCCGCCGCCCCCCUCCGCUCGGUUCUCCUCGGCGUUGAUGUUGGCACCGGGAGCGCUCGCGCUGGCCUUUUUGAUGAGGAUGGGAAGCUUCUAGGUUCUGCUAGUAGCCCAAUACAGAUUUGGAAAGAUGGCGAUUGUAUUGAGCAAUCUUCAACAGACAUCUGGCAUGCAAUCUGUGCUGCUGUAAAAGCAGCAUGCUCUCUUGCAGAUGUUGCAGGGGAAGAGGUGGCGGGUUUGGGAUUUGCAGCUACUUGUUCUCUCGUUGCUGUGGAUGCCGAUGGCUCUCCUGUUACAGUAUCUUUGAGCGGUGAUACAAGAAGGAACAUUAUAGUAUGGAUGGACCAUAGAGCUGUCAAACAAGCUGAAAAGAUUAAUUCCUCUAGUUCACCAGUAUUACAGUACUGUGGUGGAUCUCUUUCUCCUGAAAUGCAGCCACCGAAGCUCUUAUGGGUAAAGGAAAAUUUGCAAGAAUCUUGGACAAUGGCAUUUAGGUGGAUGGACUUGAGUGAUUGGUUGGCGUACAGAGCAACAGGAGAUGAUACUCGCAGUCUGUGCACCACAGUCUGCAAAUGGACAUACCUUGGUCAUGCACAUAUGGAACAGAUCAAUGAGAAAGAUUCUCGAAAUAUGGAAGCUUGUGGAUGGGAUGAUGACUUUUGGGAGGAGAUUGGCUUAGGUGAUCUUAUAGAUGGACAUCAUGCCAAGAUAGGACGGAGUGUAGCUUUCCCUGGCCAUCCAUUGGGUUCUGGUCUAACCCCAGAUGCUGCGAAGGAAAUGGGUCUGAGAGCAGGAACUCCUGUUGGAACUUCAUUGAUUGAUGCUCAUGCUGGUGGUGUGGGGGUAAUCGAAAGUGUGGCUGUGCCAGAUUCUGAAUCUAAAGAGUAUGAGAAGGGAGCUAUUUGCCAUCGCCUGGUUCUUGUCUGUGGGACUUCUACUUGCCAUAUGGCAAUAUCUCGCAGCAAACUGUUCAUUCCAGGGGUCUGGGGUCCAUUUUGGUCAGCCAUGGUACCUGAAUACUGGCUCACAGAAGGUGGACAGAGUGCUACCGGUGCAUUACUGGAUUAUAUAAUUGAAAACCACGUUGCAUCUCCUCGCCUUGCAAAUCGCGCUGCUUCUCAAAAUAUUUCAGUCUUUGAGCUACUGAACAAGAUACUGGAAUCGAUGAUGCAAGACCUGAAAUCUCCUUUUCUUGCUGCUUUGACUGAAGAUAUACAUGUGCUUCCUGACUUCCAUGGAAACAGGUCUCCUAUGGCAGACCCAAAAGCAAAAGGGGUUGUAUGUGGCUUAACACUUGACACAAGUGAGAAGCAGCUGGCUCUUCUAUAUCUUGCUACAGUACAGAGUAUCGCAUAUGGUACCCGACACAUUGUGGAUCAUUGCAAUGCCCAUGGUCACCAAAUUGACACACUACUUGCAUGUGGUGGACUUGCAAAGAACCCCUUGUUCCUUCAAGAGCAUGCAGAUAUAGUUGGUUGCCCCAUAGUUCUUCCUCGAGAAAGUGAGUCUGUGCUCUUGGGUGCAGCCAUUCUUGGUGCAGUUGCCUCAAAGAAAUAUUCUAGUCUCAGUGAUUCCAUGAAGGCAUUGAAUGCAGCUGGUCAGGUCAUCCAUCCAGCUGAAGACCCGAAGGUGAAGAAGUACCAUGAUGCCAAAUACCAGAUUUUCCGUGAGCUUUAUGAGCAGCAGCUAUCUCAUCGUUCAAUCAUGGCCCAAGCUUUGGCGUAAGACUAUGAUUUCGAACCUCAUGAUGAUGUGAUGCUUCUCAGAUGAAAAAGACUGCUUUGAUGGUCCAUACAUGUUUGGUGGCAACUGUAACAUACAUAUUUGUGAUUUCCAGUAAGUAAAUAAUUAGCAGAAACGAUGAAAUAAAGCUAAUUCUAUGCUUUUUGGGUAGUGUAAAUUGAGAAAAGCCAAUCUCAUCCUUCUUUUUUCAUUUGACAUUUGUUCAAUGCUUUUGUUUUAAUGCAAUUUUUUCA